AUGCGGGCCCUUGAUUUCAGCCUUGAUGUUCUCGUUGCAGUGCUGAAAUCAGUGCCUACAGUUAUUUUCGCGCUGUUUGGUUUGGUGUUAUGUUGGUUAUGCAUUCUCGCUGUAUAUAUAUGCUUCUUACGAAUGUCGUUGUGCAUGGGUCGUGAAAGCGUCGAAGGUUUCCAGUUCGAAUGGCCAUUCCCAAAAAAACCGUCACUGUUCUAUAGGUUCUGCUCAAACACUGUACUAACAUCAGUGUUUCUCGUCUCCAAAUUACUUUUCGCUUUCAAUUUGAAUAAAAUAACAGUUGUGAAUAAAGAUAAACUGUUAAGUUUAAUUAGGGAUCGAAGUAGACCGUUGAUCACUGUUGCGAAUCAUCGUUCUAAUUUGGAUGAUCCGUUGCUAUGGACGAUUUUCUCGUUCCGAGAGUUCAUAUCGGGUCGAUCGCGAUUUCGUUACAUUUUAGCCGCCCAUAACAUUUGUUUUACAAAUGCGUGGCAUACAGCAUUCUUUUCAUUAGGACGAUGUGUUCCUGUGGUUCGAGGUAUUGGUGUAUACCAACGAGCUGUUGAUUUCUGCAUCGAUAUGCUAGCCGAAAACAAAUGGGUGCAUGUGUUUCCCGAAGGUAAGGUAACUCCGAAGCCAAUUCGUAUCAAGUGGGGAGUAGCCAGAAUGAUAAUGGAAUCUCCAAUUCCACCAUUGGUUGUGCCAAUAUGGGCUGAGCGUAUGGGUGAAGUUUUCACCUCAGACCCUCCGUUUCGACCUCAUUUUGGCAAGCAUGUUAAUGUGACGGUUGGUGAUGUGUUGGACAUGAAGGAAUACGUGAAUCGAUUCGACGGAAAGACUGAGAUUGAACGGCGAAAAGCGAUUGCUGACAUUGUGCAGGAGCACUUGUUCGCUCUCGGAAGGAAAGUGAACUCGAGCUCGACGCCUUGA